AUGGUGCUAGCCGGGCAGAUGGAACAGGACCCGUGGGCCAUGAGUCUCCGCUUCAACACCACCAGGGCUCGUUCCAAAGUAUCAACUACUACUACCACGACUACAGACGAAAGUGCAACGAUAGAUGGGUCGCACAGCAGAGGAUUAUAUAAGAGUUUCAACGCCUCCACGCCCGGUUUCAACCGCCUCCCCGUAACUCCUGUUGUAACUAGGCCAUUGUUGAAGAAGCCCAAUAUAGCAAGCAUAUUUGCAGCUACACCCCUGCGGACUCCCCCACCAUGGAUAUCCCUCUACCGUACUGCGCACGCUCCCGACAGUCCGUCCAGCCUCCAGCCAUGCAUCGGCUUGAAGAUUACCGUCAUCGUGGAUAUCUCCCUCCUUCUUAAGGGCCCGGACUCAAAUGAGUCCUCAUCAUCACCCACACACAAACAUCAUACCAGAGCAUCUUCUGUCCCAGCAGCAAAUCUACAACAGGGGCCACCGGCAUAUGCCCCUGCCAGCAGUGGCGCUGGUGGGAAGCGCAGCAUGCCUGCUCAUCCAUCAGAGUCACCGUCUAAGAAACAGAGCAAGUGGUCUCCAGAGGAAGAUGCUCUCAUUAUCGACUUGAGAGGUGGUGGGAUGAAAUGGGAGGAUAUUUCCAAGAGACUUCCAGGACGUAGUGCUAUUAGCUGCCGCCUUCACUAUCAGAACUACCUUGAAAGGAGAAGCGAGUGGGAUGAAGAGCGCAAGAACAAGCUUGCAAGACUCUAUGAAAGAUUCAAGCCAGAGAUGUGGGCCAAAGUGGCGGAAGAAAUGGCUGUUCCUUGGCGCGCAGCGGAGGCAAUGCACUGGCAGCUCGGCGAAGCAGACAUGGCCCGUCGUGCCGGCGUUGUUCCCUUCUCCUUGACCAGCACUACAAUGGAUACACAAUCCCCAGGCCACCGAUCCUCACCAUCACGCGGGCACUCGCACAGCCAAUCUCACUCUAGCGUCCUCAGCGGUUCUGGGUCAACUAGCUCGCGGUACAGUAGGCCAACCACUUCGCAUAGUGGUUCAACCAACGUCGGCGCAAGAGGAGGAAGUGGGGGCAGUACGGCUCGGACGAUUGCAGCAAGGAGAGAUAGCACGCCAAGAACCGUGCCAGCUACUGGCCCGAAUGAUAGCUUAUCAUUGGCAGCUAUUGGAGGUGGGAUGCCGAUGGGGAUGGGGAGAGGGGGGACGAUGUUACCAAGUGUGGCCGAGAUGACUACCGGUGUUAGUCCCUAUAACACGCCCGCCUAUGCGAUGUCGAUGCCUAUGGGAGGCGGAUAUUCAAGGCCCGGCCCGUUACUACCAGCAAUUGGCAUGAUGGGCGGCACCCCUAUCAGACCCGACGGUAAGAGGAGGGCAAGUCCAGAGAUGGGUCAACGGGAGACGAGUCGAAGGAGACAGUAG